ACUGUGUAUGUUUGAAUCAUGUUAACUUGACGUUGACAUAAAAACCGUUUGUUUACCAAUUCAAAAUUUUAAGAUCAUAACGGCUUUUGAGUGAAAACUGAAAAGUAGAAUAAUAAGCACUAUUCGAAAAUGUUUUCUGCAACAAAAUACACUCCAACACCUAAAAGAAUAAGACGUGAAAAAACAACUGUAUCUACAUCAAGUUCAGAUGUUGAAAAAGAUCCAGUACAUGUAUAUUGCCGAUUGCGUCCUCUUCAAGAAACAGAUAUUAAAUCCUGUAUGACUCUCUUGUCUCCCCAAGAAAUUUGUAUAUCUAAUGAAUCCAAGGGAAUAAGGAGAGAUAUAUCUUACAAGUUUAAACAUAUCUUCACUUCGUUGUCUACACAAAAGGAAAUUUUUGAUCAUGUUGGUUAUCCGCUUUUAGAAGAUUUGUUAAAAGGAAAAAAUGGUUUAUUAUUCACAUACGGAGUUACAGGUUCAGGGAAAACGUAUACUUUAACAGGAGACCAAAAUAAUCCUGGCGUGAUGCCUAGAUGUAUAGACACAAUUUUUAAUUCAAUUAACGAGUUUCAAUCCCCAAAGUACAUGAUAAAGUCAGAUAAAAUGAACGGCUUUGAAAUUCAAACUGAAGAAGAUGCAGCUCAAGAUCGCUUAUGUGAAAACAGAGCAUUGCUCAAAACUCCAAAAGGUUCGAGAAAAAUCAAUGGGGAUAAAAUAUUUUUCACCAAUGAUGGUACUAGAAUACAAGUUUUAAAUGAAACAAAUCUCUACGCUGUAUUCAUUUCUUAUAUAGAGAUAUAUAAUAACAAUGUCUACGACUUAUUAGAUGAAUCAAGUAAUGGAAAAACUUUGCAAAAUAAGAUAUUAAGGGAGGAUCAGAAUCGUAAUAUGUAUGUUAAUGGGGUUACAGAACUUGAAGUUAAAUCUGCUCAAGAAACUUUCGAAUUGUUUUUAAUAGGUCAAAAAAGAAAGAAAAUGGCUUAUACUAAUUUAAAUGCCGAAUCUAGUCGUAGCCAUUCUGUUUUCAAUAUAAGAAUCGCACAACUGGAAAAAAUAAGUACAGAUGAUAAUAGAAGAACAGUUGUUCCUGAAAAAAAUUUACUAACAGUUUCCCAAUUGAGUCUUGUUGAUUUAGCCGGUUCAGAAAGAAGUAGCAGAACCCAAAAUACAGGAGCAAGAUUAAAAGAAGCCAGCUGUAUAAAUAAUUCGUUGAUGAAUCUUAGAACAUGCCUUGAAAUACUUAGAGAAAAUCAACGUCUUAAAGGAAACAAAGUUGUGCCUUACAGAGAUAGUCGAUUGACAUACUUAUUUAAAAAUUAUUUUGAAGGAGACGGUAGCGUUCAAAUGAUAGUUUGUGUUAACCCUUCUGUUAACGAUCUCGAAGAAAACAUACACGUGAUGAAGUUCGCAGAGAUGACUCAGGAUGUAAAGAUUAUAAAAUCUGAUCCAAAACCAACAGCUAUAUCAACAACUAAAAAAGGGAUUUCCAAGAGGGUGGCGACACCAGCUAAAAUACAAAAAGCUACUUUAUUUUCAGUCUUACCCAAAAUACCCAUAUUCAAAUUCGAUUUUACCGAUGCUGAAGAAUGCGGCAACCUUAUAGAUAAUGUAAUAAGAAUACUGAAACAUUCCAGAUCUAAAUCUAAGGAACUCGAUAGUGAUAUUACUAAAAAAAAUUUGGAAUUGAGGAAACGUCUCGUCAACGUUGAUAAUAAAAAGGUAUUGAAUAAAGCGGAGAUUCGUAAUUUGAAUCAAAUAAUCAAUAGGCAGCAAGUGAAAAAUAAUAAUUUGGAAACAAAAGUUUCUCGUUUGGAAACCGAAGUCUGCAGUUUAGUUGAUAAGAAUAAGGAAUUACAAGGAGUUAUUAGAUCCUUACAUAAUACUAUAAAUGAGAAGGAUUUGAAACUAAAUCAAAACGUAUUAGAAAAGGAACGAACUAAGCAAAAAAUAGCAUUGGCUAGCGAAAAGAUGAGUCAAGAACUAGAUGCGAAAUUGAAGAAGCAAAGGGAACACCUCAACGCAGCGAUGUUAGCAAAAGAAAUACAAUUGAAGAAAGUACGCGAAGCUUUGGAAACAGACAUCAUUAUCAAUCCUGUCGAAAUGAAUAUCGAAAAUAUUCCUCCAUCAAUACAAACUCCAAUGACCCCAACUGAAUCAUCUCAACGUCACAUGGCAGGGUACACACCAAGGCCUAGGCGACGAUCGAAAUCAGCUGACGAGGUAUGGCUCGAACAUAACUCGAUUAAACCAGUACCUUUGGGCACGGUCUUACAACCAUCUAUGAAAAAACGAAAAUCCGUUUCGAAGUUGACGAAAGCAUCUGAUGUAACAAAUCCGAAACAAUCCAAAUAUUGUCUAUUGGCUCAAGAACAAGACAAAGAUGGCGAAAUAGAAACUAAAGUUUACAAGGCGGAUAUUUUACCUACUACAGGUGGAGGAGCACAAGUUAUAUUCAAUGACGUCGAACGGUUGAGGCAACAAUCUCCAACAGCCGAUUGAGAGUGAUUAGAAUGUUUCUUUUAUAUUUUAUGUUCUUUUUUUAUAUAUUUAUAAGUAAGAUUUAUAAACAGUAUUUUAAAUAGGUGGUGUUUUGUAUUAAAUAUAUCAGCAUAUUCUU